CGACGGGUGCACCUAAUCGACCCUACCGGACCUGGUCGGACGCGACCAAGCGAUCACUAAGGUGGCCAAUCGGUGUGAUGUGACGAACGAGAGGACCCGCGAGUAACCGUAGAAGCGAAGCGUCGUUGGUCCAACGCGAAACUCGUGUCGUCGAGCGAUCAGAUGCUCGAGAUCUAGCAGAGACUCUCGACAACCCGAACAACAUGCAUUCCACGCUAGUAACCAGCGGCAUGGGGGUGUUGCUGCCGUUUCUGGUAGUGUUGCUCGGCCAGGUGGCCGUUUCGUUCGUGUUGGAGGGUUCCGCGACCAGCUACGCUCAGUUCCGGAAAUGGAACGCUGGUUUGAACGGUACCCUGGAGUUCGAGUUCAAGACGGAACAGGGAAACGGUCUGCUGCUGUACACGGACGACGGUGGCACUUACGACUUCUUCGAGGUGAAGCUCGUCGAGAGCGCGCUCAGGCUGAGAUACAAUCUGGGAGGAGGCGCGCAGAUCGUCACCGUCGGUCACGAUCUCGGCGACGGUCACUGGCACAAGGUGCAGAUCACCAGGUGCAACGAGAACACCACGUUGACGGUAGACGGCGUCAGCGCCGUCUCGACGUCGCGCGGAAAGGAGUUCGAGUUCGGGAAGCUGGCUGGGAACUCCGAUGUCUACGUGGGCGGUAUGCCUAGCUGGUACAACAGCAAGCUCACGCUGCUGGCGUUGCCUAGCGUGAUCUUCGAGCCGAGGUUCAACGGGUUCAUCAGGAACCUCGUGUACGCCGACGGGGAGCACACGGUGCCCAGGAGGCAGGAGAUGAAGAGCCGAGACGCCAAGUGCGGUGGAUUUCCAUGCGUCGAGAAUGUCAAACGCAAAGCGCCUAGGAGUUUACGCAACAUGAUGACAGCCAAUACAACGGACGCCUGCGAAACCCGUGAUCCCUGCCAGCACGGCGGAAUCUGCAUUUCCACCGAUAGUGGACCCAUCUGCGAGUGCAGGUCUGGCGAUUAUGAGGGCGCCUAUUGUGAGAAAGAAGCAUGGAGCACGGUGCUGCCUACGGCGGGUGCUGGUGAUUACUGGGCGUGGGAGUACAAUAAAGCACCUUCCGAGGCUUCUUUCAGAGGAACGGAGUACCUCACGAUAGAUUUGAGCAAGGGGAAUCCAGUUCUCAGCACGCACGAAUCCAUCAUUUUGCAAUUCAAAACGAGACAGCAUAGCGGACUUCUGUUUUACUCCGGAGACAGAGAUGAUUAUCUGACUGUGUCUCUGAAGGACGGCGGUGCCGCUGUGGGGAUGACGUUGGCCAAAGGAAGAUUAGAUCUUCAUAUAAAGCCAACCAGAGUACGGUUCGACGAUAAUCAGUGGCACAAAAUCAUCGUGCACAGGAAGGUCCAGGAGAUCUCUUCCAUCACCAGCUUCUGCAGUCUCUCCGCCAUCGUCGAUGGGAUUUACGCGGAGCACGGACACACUGCGGGCUCGUUCACACAUUUCGCGAGCGAUCGACUGCUGGUGGGCGGAGGCGCCGACGCCAGGUCCCUGCAGGGCGCCAAAGGGAUCAACAACUUCGUUGGAUGCCUCAGAAAGGUCGAAUUCAUUACGGAGAAGGUGAAAAUGGAGUUGAUCGAGGCGGCCAUAAGCGGAGCCGCGGGCGCUGCCGCUUGGGGCAAAAUAGAUUUCCACUGUCGGGAGCCAAGAGCCUCGGACCCAAUCACUUUCACCACGAGGGACUCUCAUCUCAAGGCUGCGGCGACGAUAAGUGCAAGGCGACUUCACGGCGCCGUGGUCACCUUCACCAGCCCAGAGUCCCACUUGAUCCUGCCGCCGUGGAAGGCCGCCGACUCCGAGAGCAUAUCCUUCAAAAUACGUACCAACGAGCCCAACGGAUUGAUCAUGUACAGCCGCAGCGGGGCGCACAGCAGGCAAGAUCUGUUCGCGUUCGAAAUUUUUCGCGGUCACCUGUAUCUUCACGUCGAUCUUGGAAGCGGUCCAGUGAGAGUGAAAUCCUCGAAGAACCGAGUCGACGAUGCCACCUGGCACGACGUGGCGUUUAGGCGAGCCGGAAGAGACGGACGCGUCACUGUUGACGGCAGGACGGACGAAUUUCGCACACCGGGCGAUUCCACGCAAUUAGAGUUGGAUGGAUUAUUGUAUAUCGGUGGCGUGGGAGAUCCGUUUGCACCGCUGACAGUACCUCCGGUACUGUGGACAGGUACCCUAAGGCAGGGUUACGUCGGCUGCUUGAGAGAUCUUGUCAUAAACGGUCAACCGAUCGAUAUAGCUGGUUACGCACAGCAACAGGACUCGGGCGCUGUCAGACCAGCUUGUCAUUCCCAACAACCCCACUGUCCUUCACAACCUUGUAUGCACGGUGGCCAUUGUCUCGAGGGGUGGAACAGGUUUCACUGCGAUUGUACAGGAACACCCUUCACCGGUCCUACAUGCGGAAAAGAUGCGUCGACGUUGCACCUGAAUGGAACGCAACAGAUGACAGCGUUGAUGCCGGAGGAUUCGAGGACACAAGCCGAGGAAGUGAUAGUGCGUUUUAAAACGACGAGACCACGUGGACUUCUCAUAUCGACCGGUCUAGAAAAUAAUCCGGAUCGACUCCAAAUCUAUCUCGAAGAAGGCAAAGCGAAAAUGCUGAUCCACGUGGGAGAUAGAGAAAAGGUGCUGGUGGCCGGGCAAGGUUUGAACGAUGACAUGUGGCACACGUUGCGAUUUUCCAGGAGAUCGAGCGCUAUGAAGUUUCAAAUUGAUAACGAGCCUGCUGUACGAACCGAAGCGCAGCUGGGGAAACAAGGCAUACUGGAGUUCCGUAUGCUGUACGUGGGCGGUUACUCUCACGCUGGAGAGGAAAUACCUCACUUCGUCGGGCAAUUGCAGCAAAUCUGGUUCAACGGGUAUCCUUACCUAGAAAUAGCGAGGAGUUCCGGAAAUCAUCAGACUGCUCAUCAAGGCGUCACGCCCAUCAUUAAGGUCACGGGGAAGUUCGGCAAGAGGAACCAUCCCGUUCACUUUCCGGUGACCUUCACCUCGAAGCACACGUUCGUUGGAUUACCUGUGCUCAAAGCGUACGUGGAAACGAACAUAUACUUCCAGUUCAAGACACGCGAGGCAAACGGCUUGAUACUCUUCAACGCUGGAAGGGAACGCGACUUCAUCGCCGUGGAGUUGGUGAAGGGACACGUUCACUAUGUGUUCGACCUAGGCGAUGGACCGGUCAAGGUCAGGGACAGCUCGAGGUCGAGCCUGAACGAUGGGAAGUGGCACGCUGUCAGCAUCGGUAGGCCAGCGCCUAAGAGGCACACGCUUGCCAUCGACGACCAUGUCACCGCUGUCAGUAGCCAGGGCAGCAACGAAAACCUCGAUCUCGACGGGAUCUUAUAUAUCGGUGGCGUGGAAAAAUCGCAGUAUGGUCAACUACCGAAGCAGAUACUUAGUAAACACGGUUUCGAAGGGUGUCUCGCGUCGUUGGAUCUCAGUGGCGAGAGCACCAACCUGAUCUCCGAUGCGGUGGUCCCAAGUUCCCUGGUGGAACCCGGCUGCGACAUGUACGCCAGCCUUCACGCUGGAAAGAAGUGCACCCACGACCUGUGCUCAAAUCAUGGCACCUGUGUGCAACAAUGGGACAGUUACACGUGCGACUGCGACAUGACCAGUUUCACCGGGCCGACGUGUAACGACGAGGCUGUGUCUUAUGAAUUUGGGGCGGGAAGAGGAAUUAUCACGUACACUUUCCCUCCCGACCGAAGGCCGGAAAUGAAGAGAGACACGGUUGCCUUGGGCUUCGUCACUAGCGUAAACGAUGCCGUGCUGCUCAGGAUGGAAUCCGCCGACAGCGACGACUACCUCGAAAUUGAAAUUGUGGAAGGCAACGUUUUCGUUGUUUACAACAUGGGCACGAAUGACCACCCGAUCGGCGAGGUUGGCGUGAAAGUGAACGACAACCAGUAUCACAUCGUAAGGUUCAACAGGACGGGAGCGAACGGCACGCUGCAAGUCGACGAUUACAAUCUACAGUCCAAUCAUCCGACCGGUAAGUGAUCGUCUUCCUUCAAUUUAUUAUUAUGUACAGCUUCACCCUGGAGAGACUGUAUGCAAAUUGCGAUUAAAUACAGAGCGGGCCACGAAGAACGAAACAGCAGAAUUUCUUGUUUCGAUUUAAAGAAAGAUAUUUUGCUGAAUAAAAUUUUUGAUGGAAUUCAAAAACUUUAAAAAGAGAAAUAUGACGAAUAUUUUGUAUUGGAAUAUAUUCUCAGCGAAAAAUGUACAAGUUUCAGAUGUAUU